AUGGCGCGGGACAUGGGCUUCCAGAACACCGCCGGUCCCGCCAAACACCAAGCAGUCGCCCUUCUCGUCCAGACCGACCGCUCCGUCUUCUACCGCUGCCGAAUGGACGCCCACCAGGACACCCUGUACGUCCACACACUACGCCAAUUCUACCGCGAAUGCACCAUCUCCGACAAUAUCGACUUCAUUUUCGGUGACGCAAAAGCCAUCUUCCAAAACUGCCAAAUCCUCGUCCGCAAACCUGAAAACCUCUCGACAACCAGCAGAACAUCGUCACCGCACAAGGUCGCAAGCCGCAAGUCCCGACAAUCCGCAACUGCCAUCAUACUCCAUAACUGCAUCCUCCACAACUACACCAUCACCGCCGACCCGUCUUUCCCCCCCGCUCCCCACUCUAGGAACCCAACCUACCUCGGCAGGCCGUGGAAGGCGUUUUCUAGGACUUUUGUAAUCCUAUCCUUUAUAGAUACGCUCGUACAUCCUAAUGGGUGGCCUUGGCUUGGGGAUUUUGGACUGAGGACGUGCAUCUAUACGGAAGUGGAGAACAGGGGGCCAGGGGCGGAUAAGAGCAGGAGGGUUAAGUGGAAGGGGGUGAAGAACAUUAGUUAUGCGCAUGCGCAGAAGUUCACAGUUGAGUAUUUUCUGUGGGGGAAUGAUUGGCUUCCUUUGACCCAAGUUCCUUAUAUUCCAGCUUUGUUGCCCCCGCCAGAGCCAGGAAGGAUACGUUGAUGACGGAUUUCUUG